UUCAUAACUUCUGCCGCAUGAGUUUCACAGAUUUUGAGUAUUUGCUAGACAAAAUUUCUCCUCUGAUUUCGAAACAAGAUACGGACUUCAGGGAAGCUAUACCAGCGAAAUAUCGUCUAGCAAUAACACUAAGGUUUAUCGCAAGUGGUGACAGUUAUAUAAGUUUACACUAUUUAUUCAAAGUGUCUCCCCAAGCAAUAUCAAAAAUUAUACCUGAAAUCUGCAAAGCAAUUAAUGAUGUUCUAAGAAAUGAAAUAAAUAUGCCAUCAACGGCUGAUGCUUGGAUGAAUAUAGAAAGAGGGUUUAGAAGAAAAUUUCCACACUGUCUUGGUUCCAUAGACGGCAAGCAUAUUAAUAUAGAAAGUCCACCUCAUAGCGGAACUGAAUAUUUAAAUUAUAAGAAAACGUUCAGCAUCGUUCUAUUGGCAUUAGUUGAUGCCCACUACAAAUUUAUAUUUGUUGACAUAGGAUGCCAAGGGAGGAUUCGUUAUAAAACUGGUAAGGUUGUUAAUGGAGACACAAUUUCAAUUUAA